CCUCCCUCCCUCACUCACUCACUUCAAGUCAUCCCGGCGUGUGAGGGCGUCACUCCGUGCCGGGCUGGAGGAUCCUGAAUGGAGCUUGAAAGGCGCGCGAGUCGACUUGCUGCCGAUGCUUUGUGGCCGCUAACGCAGUCUGCAGGCCGUACCAGUGGCAGAAGUUUGAAGUUGACCAGCAGCAUGCCGGACAAGUCGCGUCCGUCCCGCAGGUCAGCGAACGCGGCGCUCGUCGUUUGAUAUGUCACGACGACGAAGCCCGCCCGGCGCGUAAGGUCUUCUUGACGUCCUCCAGCCGCUGAAUCAUGGGAAAUGCUGAAAGCCAGCACGGCGAGCAGCACGCCUUCUUCGGUGCCGAGCGUGGCUAUUUGUCGCGCAAGCACGCGUCGCGCUCGCUCCGCAUCUCCGACAAGCGGUCGCGGCGCUGCCGGCACGCCUCGUCGGGCAAGACGGAGCACAGGAACUCGGAGGCCAGCACGCGCUCCAGCAGCACCCCCAGCAUCCCGCAGUCGCUGGCCGAAAAUGGGCCCGAGCCCUUCAACGAGACCGACGUCCUGCCGGACUUCGGGAGUCCCGUUUGGGUGGACCGCGUGGCCAUGAACCUGAGGCCCGCGUCCUUCCACCGCGAUCCGGCGGCGCACGGCAACGCCAUGCUAAUCACCCUUCCCGGACCCACCGCGGACGAGGGGGGGAGUGAGGACGCAGACGCCGGCGAGGUGACGUACCUGAGCGACCUCGGCUCCAAGGAGGCGGCCGGUUUGAAGAAGAAGCGAUCCAAGUCGGCCGACGCCUGGCGAGACGACAGCCUGGAGUUCUCCCUGUCGGACCUCAGUCAAGACCCCCAGACCAGCACGGAGGAGAUGAUCUCCCCCCGCGCCGAGCGGGACUCGAUGGACCGCCAAGGCCCGCUGCAGUCCAGCCCCGCCGACCCCGCCCACCGGGCCGACUCCUUCGAUGAGCUGUACGGCCAGAAGACCCCCGGUUGCGGGCGAGCCCACGGCCCCCACCCCCGGUGGCGCGACGAGGGCGGCGACGACAAGACCGUCCGCGAGGACGUCGGCGACGCCUUCAACGACGCCUUCGGCGGCGCCUUCACUCUGCCGUGUCGACGCUCGCAUUGCCUCUCUGAAGGCCCGCGCCGAGCCCAGCCCGCCUCGAGUGCCAGCAUGCGGGGCAGGAGGGCGCAGACCACCCAGGACGUCACCGCCGGCGAGGGCAGCGAGUACGACGACAGCGGCAUCGACGGGGUGACGGCGGAGGCCGAGUCCCGCCGCUACAAGACCAUGUCGGCCUCCUUCUCCGUCUGCUCGGCGGCCGGCGGCAGCGACAGCGGCGGCAGCAGCAGCGCCGGAGGCGGGAGCGGCGGCGGCACCGCCGACUCGGCCCAGGGCGUCUACGAGAACUUCCGCCAAGAGCUGGAGAUGAGCUCCUGCCAGACGGAGAGUUUGGAGGAGGUGCUGAGCGACGAGCGGAGCACCUUGAGCUCCGCCUACCAGUCGGACGCGCUGCUGCUGGGCGCCGGCGCGCAGGGGACGGUGCGCAAGGCCGGGAAGCUCGCCGUCAAGAACUUCCUGGUGCACAAGAAGAGCAAGAAGGUGGAGUCGGCCGCCAGACGCAAGUGGAAGACCUACUGGGUCUCCCUCAAAGGCUGCACUCUGGUCUUCUACGAGACGGACGGCCGCUCGGGCAUCGACAACAGCAGCGUCCCCAAGUACGCCAUCUGGGCGGACAACAGCAUCGUGCAGGCCGUCCCCGAGCACCCCAAGAAGGACUUUGUGUUCUGCCUCAGCAACUCGCUGGGGGACGCCUUCCUGUUCCAGACGUGCAGCCAGACGGAGCUGGAGAACUGGAUCACGGCCAUCCACUCUGCGUGCGCCGGCGCCGUCGCCCGGCAGCACCGGCGCGAGGACACGGUGCGCCUGGUGCGCGCCGAAAUCAAAAAGCUGGAGCAGAAGAUCGACAUGGAUGAGAAGAUGAAGAAGAUGGGCGACAUGCAGCUGGCCGCCGUCAGCGACGCCAAGAAAAGGAAGACCAUCCUGGAUCAGAUCUUCUUGUGGGAGCAGAACCUGGAGGGGUUCCACAUGGACCUGUUCCGCUUCCGCUGUUACCUGGCCAGCCUGCAGGGCGGCGAGCUGCCCAACCCCAAGCGCCUGCUGGCCUUCGCCUCGCGCCCGACCAAGCUGGCCAUGGGCCGCCUGGGCAUCUUCUCCGUCUCGUCCUUCCACGCGCUGGUGGCGGCUCGCACGGAGAGCGGCGUGAGGCGACGGGCGCACGCCAUGUCGCGCUCGUGCAGCAAACGCAAGAGCCGCUUCUCGUCCCUCUGGGGUCUGGACACCAACUCUAAAAAGAAGAGCAGAGCCCACCCCAGCAUCAACCAGGUUUUUGCAGAUGGAGAAGAGCUCGUGAAAAGGACUGCAGAUGGAAUAUAUGCUGAGUCGGCAAAGGAGCACCAUUCGAGCGAAGAAGAGGCAUCCGGGCAGAGCGCCCCCCCCCGGCCCGGCGCGGAGAGCCACGUUUGGGUGCCCGACCACGUCACCCCAUCAUGGGUGUGUUUGCCCAACGACCAGCCGGUGCUGAGCAUCAUCCAGCCCGGCGAGUCGGCGCUGUGCGUGCUGGAAACCCUUUGCAAGGCCCACCAGCUGGAUGCCACCAAGCACUACCUUCGGCUCAAGUUCCUCAUCGACAACCGAGUGCAGUUCUACAUCCCCAAACCGGAGGAGGACGUGUGUGACCUGCUUUACAAAGAGAUCGAACUCUGCUCCAAGAUCACAAAAGUGGUCCAGUUUGACCGAGAUGAGUCGUGCAUGAUCGGUUAUGGUUUCUCCAUCUCUGUGGUGGAGGAGGACCGAGUGCAGCAGCUUUACAUCACCGACGUGAGGGCGGGCGGGCUCGCCUUUGCCAAAGGUCUGAACGCGGGCGACGAGAUCCUGGAGCUGAACGGGAAGGAGGCCCACAGCCUGGACUUCUCCGACAUGAAGGCGGCCUUCUCGCUGUCGUCGCUGGCGUUGACCGUCAGCACGCUGCCGCCGCUGGAGCGCCGCCAGCUAUGCUUCCUGCCGCCGCGGCGCUCCGACGCCGCCGAUGACCCCUACACGGACAUCUUCUCCCAGAGCCAAGAGGAGAUCCUGGACGACAGCGCUGGGCUGCUGCUGGAGAGCUCGGGAGAGAGCUUGGACGACGACUCGGAGAUCUUCGGCCACUUGGAGUGCAGCAAGCCCAGGAAGCGCUCGUGCGACUCGCUCUUUGACAUGCUUCAGCUGAACACAGAGCAAGUGUCGGCCUUCUGCCGCAGCCUCUAUGACAUGAAUCCCCCGGAGUGCGCGUCCUCGUCCUCGCCCAGCCCGGACUCGCCUUGCCCGCCGGCGCUCCGGCAGCUCUCGGACGCCGACAAGUUGCGCAAAGUCAUCAGCGAGUUGGUGGAGACGGAGCGCACUUACGUCAAAGACCUCAACUGCCUCAUCGGGAGAUAUUUAAGCCCGCUGCAGAAGGAGUCCUUUCUCACUCAAGAUGAGCUGGACGUCCUCUUUGGAAAUCUUCCAGAAAUGGUGGACUUCCAGGUGGAAUUCCUCAAGACUCUGGAGGACGGAACCCGUCUGGUCCCCGAUCUGGACAAGCUGGAGCGAGUGGAGCAGUUCAAAAAAAUCCUCUUCUCCCUGGGAGGCUCCUUCCUCUACUACGCCGACCGCUUUAAGAUCUACAGCGCGUUCUGCGCCAGCCACACCAAAGUCCCCAAGGUCCUCGUUAAGGCCAAAAGCGACCCCGACUUCAAGGCCUUCCUGGACGAGCGCAACCCCAAGCAGCAGCAUUCGUCCACGCUGGAGUCGUAUCUGAUCAAGCCCAUCCAGAGAGUCCUCAAGUACCCUCUGCUGCUCAGGGAGCUCUACUCGCUCACCGACCCGGACAGCGAAGAGCAUUACCACCUGGAUGUCGCCAUGAAGGCCAUGAACAAAGUGGCUAGCCAUAUUAACGAGAUGCAGAAGAUCCACGAGGAGUUUGGCGCCGUCUUUGACCAGCUCAUCACCGAGCAGAGUGGCGACAAGAAGGAGGUUGCCGACUUGUCGAUGGGCGAUCUGCUACUCCACACCAGCGUGUCCUGGAUCAAUCCGCCGCCUUCCUUAGGAAAGUGGAAGAAAGAGCCGCAGAUGGCCACUUUUGUGUUCAAAACGGCAGUGGUCUUCGUGUGCAAAGACGGAUCCAAACACAAGAAGAAAACGGGCGCCUCCCAUCGUGCGUCGAUGUCUUCAGAGGAAAAAGAUCCCUUCCGAUAUCGUCACAUGAUUCCCACGGACGCCCUCCAAGUGAGGCCGCUGGCGAAUGCAGAUGGCGAGGGCACCUCCGUCUGCGAGAUCGUUCACACAAAGUCCGAGUCGGAAGGUCGUCCGGAGAGGGCCUUCCAGCUGUGUUGCAGCUCCCCGGAGAGCAGGAAAGACUUCCUCAAGACGGUGCACUCCAUCCUGCGAGAGAAGCACCGGCGGCAGCUGCUGAAGACGGAGAGUCUGCCGCUCAGCCAGCAGUACGUGCCCUUCGGAGGGAAGCGCCUGUGCGCGCUCAAGGGCGCUCGGCCCGUCAUAAACCGAGCGGCUUCGGCACCGACCAGAACCCUCGGUCGGAGGAAGCUGGUGCGCAACCGCUUCACCAUCGACACCGACAUCGUCUCUGACGGCGAGCCCGAGCGGGACCUGGCCUCACCUCCGGAGCCCCCGGACGAGCGGACGGAGGCGGAGCGCGACCGGUUUCUGUCGUCCUCGUCGGACGCCGGCGACACAGACCGCUGGGUGGAAGAACAGUUUGACCUCAAAGAGUACGAAGACCCCGAGGAGGGGAACGAGACGGACAUUCUGAGCGACGAGGAUGACGCAGCGCGCCUGGACGCCUCCGUAGCCGAAUUGUCCCUGCGAGGCGAGGGAUCGGGGAACGGGCACGGCGACGCGUCGACGGCGACCGCCGAAGACCACGACGCGGACCAGACUAACGUUUGGGUGCUGCGAGAGCAUCCGGAAAGCUCGCCCGACUGAAAACUGCAACGUAGGCGUCUUUGGAGGGUCUCCGUGGCGACGCAGAGGCUGGUAGAUACAAACUCUCGUAGUACAAUCAUGGAAUCGUACUCGACGUGGCGAUGUUUGCACACUAGGGCGGCGCUCUGCAGCCCAGCCCGCUGUUGCCAAAUUACACUCGUCACAGGAAGUUGGCGAAAUUAGGCUUUUGGAUGAAGGAUGAGCCCAAAAUAACCUUUACCGAGCGCAAACUUGAUUUGACCUUGAAAAAAUUGAAAAUUCCGUGUCGUAGUGCACUUGGUGUCUUUCGGUUUUUGGCCGUCACCUUGGUUUCACGUUGUCAAAAUGCAAACAAGCACGACCUGUUCCGAAUGUUGUCAUUUAGCCCCUAACUCGCAAAAAGUACUGAAAUGGUCGGACAUAUGUUUUCAAAAGUGUAGGGAAGGUCACCUUUAAAUGCGCUGGUGCAUUUUAGGUUCAUCCCGAAACUUCACCUAACCGCUAACUUUUUGUGAAUCGUCGAUGUAUUUUUGUGACUCAGAUUGGAUUUUUCUCACAGACGUGGAAUACGUAAUAGCGGCUGGUGUGAAGUCUUGCAUCAUUUCAUCAUUUUCUAGAAAGUAGUUUCUUUACUUAAAGUAUUUUGUGUUAGAUUUUUAGACUGCUUUGGCUCGCCUGGUACAUUUUGUAACAAUUUGAAAGUUUAAAGUGGUUUGAACUUAACAUCUGUUUUUUUACUUGAAUAUUUCAUGUUUUUGUUCCCAUAAAACGUUUUUCCUCUUUUUGAUCUUCGGUAUUGCCUUUCGAAGAAAACUCGUUUGUCAUGAUCGCUCGUCUCAAUAAUUUUCUACGAGCUUUUUUUGGUUAUUUGUUUAAAGAAAAACGGUCUUCACUGAUUACAAAGUAAUGUUUUUUUUUUGUUAUUGUUAUUUAUUGAGUUGCAAAUGUAUUUGUAAGGACGGUCCAAAUGUGCUCGAGCAAUCACAGCAGAGGGAGGAUGUCGACUUUCUGUUCAGUUUUUGGUCAAAAUGUGUUAAAAUAAUUGCGCUACCGAGACUGUGUUUUUAUUAUAACUGUGCCUGUACAUAGAAAAUGUAUUAAUAUCAUAAUUAAAGAAAACCUGUUGUUUUCUA